ACCCCUGGAGCGGAAUCUGCCUGAGUGGAGAGACUGAACUGUGAUCUGGAUUAAGGGGAUUUUAUGGCCAAAGAACUGACAGUAGGGUUAGGCGCUGAUGGGAGUGAGUCAAUGAGAAAGGACACAUGGCUGGCAGAGAGGCCUAAGGAUGGCAGAAUCCGUGGCCUUGAGCGAGUGAGGAAGAAGGGAAAUUAGUGAUACACAACUGGAAGAACUGGUUUUAGAGCUUCCACUCAGUAGAGCUCGGCCCCACAUGAGGCCCUAGCCUCAAUGUGCAGCCUGGCACCUGUCCCGGAUUGCACGGGGGCACUGGCCUGCAUCACGCUCGGUGGAGCGCCUAAAGGAGAUGAUCAAGGCCGGCAUGAACAUCGCGCGCCUCAAUUUCUCCCACGGCUCCCACAAGUACCACGCCGACUCCAUCGCCAACAUCCGGGAGGCGGUGGAGAGCUUCGCGUCGUCUCCACUGGGCUACAGACCGGUGGCCAUCGCUCUGGACACUAAGGGGCCCGAGAUCCGCACUGGGCUUCUGCAGGAGGGCCCCGAAGCGGAAGUGGAGCUGGCGAAGGGCUCGCGGGUGCUGGUGACCGUGGACCCGGCUUUCCGGACGCUGGGGGACGCGCACACCGUGUGGGUGGACUACCCCAACAUCGUCCGGAUCGUGCCUGUUGGGGGCCACAUCUACAUAGACGACGGGCUCAUCUCGCUGGUGGUGCAGGAAAUCGGCCCCAAGGGGCUGGUGACCCUGGUGGAGAACGGAGGCAUCCUGGGCAGCCGGAAGGGUGUGAACCUGCCGGGGGCCCAGGUGGACCUGCCCGGGCUGUCGGAGCAGGAUGCUCGGGACUUGCGCUUCGGCGUGGAGCAUGGCGUGGACAUCAUUUUCGCCUCUUUCGUGCGGAAGGCCAGCGACGUGGCCGCCGUGCGCGCCGCCCUGGGCCCCGAAGGACAAAGCAUUAAGAUCAUCAGCAAGAUCGAGAACCACGAGGGUGUGAAGAAGUUUGAUGAGAUCCUGGAGGUCAGCGACGGCAUCAUGGUGGCGCGGGGCGACCUGGGCAUUGAGAUCCCCGCGGAGAAAGUCUUCCUGGCUCAGAAGAUGAUGAUUGGGCGCUGUAACCUGGUUGGCAAACCCGUUGUGUGUGCCACACAGAUGCUGGAGAGCAUGAUCAGCAAGCCUCGGCCGACGCGGGCAGAAACCAGUGAUGUGGCCAACGCCGUGCUGGACGGGGCGGACUGCAUCAUGCUGUCAGGGGAGACCGCCAAGGGCAGCUUUCCGGUGGAGGCUGUCCGGAUGCAGCACGCGAUCGCCCGGGAAGCCGAGGCUGCUGUCUAUCACCGGCAGCUGUUUGAGGAGUUGCGCCGGGCAGCACCGCUGAGCCGCGACCCCACUGAGGUCACUGCCAUCGGCGCGGUGGAGGCGGCCUUCAAGUGCUGUGCGGCUGCCAUCAUCGUACUGACCAAGACCGGCCGCUCGGCGCAGCUCCUGUCGCAGUACCGACCCAGGGCAGCUGUCAUCGCAGUCACCCGCUCAGCCCAGGCUGCCCGCCAAGCUCACCUGUAUCGUGGAGUCUUCCCUCUGCUUUACCGAGACCCUCCAGAGGCUAUCUGGGCUGACGAUGUGGACCGCCGAGUUCAAUUUGGCAUUGACACUGGAAAGCUCCGUGGCUUCCUCCAAGUUGGGGAUCUGGUGAUCGUGGUGACUGGCUGGAGACCUGGUUCCGGCUAUACCAACAUCAUGAGGGUGCUGAGUGUGCCCUGAGAAGCCAUUCCUCAGCCAUGGCCAGCCUGGGUCCCCAGCUCUGCACCCCCACACCCCCUCCAUGGCCCCAUGUCUAAGUCUCAGCUCCCAGCUCUCAAGCAGGCUGUGAAAAGCCAUGUCCUUGAGUACUGGCCAUGCUUUCACCUGAGCUCUGAGCCUUUAUUCCCAGCUCACGUGACUGAUUCUGUGUUCCUAGGUUUCCCACACCUGGGUACAGGAGAGGGGGAACCAGGUGGCACUGUCCAGUAGCCACAGAAUGGUGACAGGGGGAGCUGGGCAGUAGCGCGGCGGGUUAAGCGCAGGUGGCGUAAAGCGCAAGGACUGGAGUGAGGGUCCCGGUUCGAGCCCCCUGGCUCCCCACCUGCAGGGGAGUCGCUUCACAGGCGGUGAAGCAGGUCUGCAGGUGUCUAUCUUUCUCUCCCCCUCUCUGUCUUCCCCUCCUCUCUCCAUUUCUCUCUGUCCUAUCCCACAACGACAACAUCAGUAACAACAACAAUAAUAACUACAACAACAAUAAAAAGACAACAAGGGCAACAAAAGGGAAAAUAAAUAAAUAAAAUUACAAAAAAAAUUAAAAAAAAAAAGAAUGGUGACAGGUUGCCUAUGUUACUCUCAAGCAUGAGGUCCUGAGUUCAAUCCCUCACAACACAAGUACCAGAGUGAUGCUCUGGUUCUCUCAUUGAUAAGUAAAUACAUUUUUAAAAAAUC